AUUGAAGUUUGACUCGGAGGGGAUCGAGUCAGUCGGAGGCGGUCGAUACCCGACUCCGCGGCGCUUCUCCCUUUUCCAUGGCGGAACCGUCGCGGAAGCCCGACGCUUCUCUUCCUCCUCCACCGGGUGUCGCCCCGCCGCGGGGCGGCGAUCGCGACUUCCUCCUCCACCUCGAAGCCUACCUCGCCCGCCGCGACGGUGUCGACAAGCUUCUCAAGAUCUCCCGCUACGCCGCCAAGAUCGCCCUAUCCGCCCCUUCUUCCCCCAUACCCCCAGCUCUCGCUCCCCGCCUUAAGGCCUUCGAAUCCAGCGUUGGCCUUAGCCGCAAGGCCUUCCGCCUUGGCAAGUUCGUCCAGGAUCUCAACGCCCUCCGCGCCGCCACCGGUGGCGCCCUCAACCCCACCGAUCGCCUCCUCGCCGCUGUCGCCUACGGCGGGGAGGGCGUCUACUACUUCGUGGAGCAGUUCGUCUGGCUCUCCAAGGCAGGCCUCAUACCCGCGGAGCUUUCGCGGCGGUUUCAGAAGAUCAGCGCUUGGGCGGAGCUCAUCGGCUACUUUGGCAGCGUCGCUUUGAAGGCUAGGGAGCUGCGAAAGAUCGGCUCUUUGAUCCAAUCGCGAAUCGAGAGCGGGAAAUCAGCCGAUUGCGAUGAGGAGAUCAGGAAAUUGAGGACGAAAUUGCUGUUGAAGCAGCUCGCGGUCAUUCAAGACCUCGCCGACGGUCUGAUGGCUCUCGGAGACGUGAGGGAUGGGGAGGGGUUCCUCUCGAGUUCGCUGCUGAUGGCUUCGGCCGGCCUCCUUUCAGCUCUCAUCAGCACCCACAAGAAUUGGACUUCUUGUUGACCGGGUAGAUUCUUGUUCUUCCAUUCUCUAGAAAAUAAAGCUCUAUAAAUGAACCGAUUAUUAAGAUCAUUGGAGUAAAUUUCAGACUUCUUGAAAUCCUAUAAGAGUCUGUGAUCAAUAAUGAUGUAUGACUGGCAGUAUUAUUCAUUUGUGAUUUAUAAACCUAAUAAAAUGGAAUUAGCUGAAAAGAUGCUGCAAUUCGUUAA